GAAUUCACUCGACACUUUCGCCCGACCUUGGAAUCUCAAACCCUAACCCCCUAAAGUCCCUAUGAAAUUAGCGAUUCGAGCUCAAAACACUGAAACUAGCUCACUUGAUCUCCUCUGACGAUUGGUUUCUCUCUUCCCCCUUUUAACCUUCCUGCUGUACUCUGCUUGUCCGAUUCCAUGGCGGGGUCUACGGUGGAGGAUCUAGGGCUGCCGGAGUCGUGGGAAGCGGCCGAUCUGGACGCCGCGUUGAGCCGAUUGAUGCUUUCUUCGACGCCCUCGAACGAUCCUGCUCAGAGGGAGGAGCUACCUGAUGUUCAACCUCCUUCGCAGAUACAGACUUCGGGUUCUUCAUCCUCUGGGGAAAAGGUUUUAGAUGAUGCUGUCAAUCAAGUCGACCAGUUCCUUCGCGAGGCUCUUGAGAAUCCUCGCGAGCGUCUCUCUGUUUUGCGCAUGGAGCAGGAGGUUGAGAAGUUCAUUCAUGACCCAUCUCAACAGCAAAUGGAAUUUCAGCAGAUACCUACAUCAUACCUACGGUUGGCAGCACAUCGUGUUGCACAGCAUUACAAUCUUCAGUCAAUGGUUUUGUUAGAUAAUAGCUUACCUGAUGGUUCAGGUUCUAGAAUUAUUGUGCGCAAGACCUCGGAAUGUAGGCGUCCUGCAAUUCGCCUUGCGGACAUUCCUGUGAAUUUACGGUCAGAAGACAGCAGUGUAAUCAAGGUUGCCAUAAAACAGAGGCCUCAAAAACAGUCUUCAUUUGUCAGUAGCUCAGAUUCAGACACAGUUAAGACAAAUAAGUCCAAAAGUGUUGAGGAGAGAAAAGAGGAGUAUAACCGAGCCCGGGCAAGGAUAUUUAAUUCUUCUAAUCCGAGUAUUGGCCAUGGUGGAGAUCCUGAAAUUGAACAUCGACUGUAUGAUGGUUCUCGUGUAUCCAAACCAUCAAGGGUGGAGGAGAAAUUUACUGCAGGCCCAUCCGAUGCAACAUCUUCUAGGAGUUUGAUCGAUUCAUUUGCAAGUGGCAGCAGAACCACAAGAAGUAGGGUGGAGAUGGAAGCAACUGUUAGGUCUAAACCUAAUAAUAACCGGGUGGCAAUCUUCCGUGACCGUGAAACAGAGCUAAAAGAUCCCGACUAUGAUAGGAGCUACGACAGGUAUUUGCAGCGGUUUGACCCUGGGUUUGGCUUCAGCAAUGGGCCAUACACUAUUCAACCAAUGUUUACGCCUGCUGUAAAUUACAACACUGAAUUUCCACAGCUUGGGUCUACUCAUAGACCUCAGAUAUUUGUUGAACAUCAAGCUAGGCCUUUACCUCAGCAUCUCCCUGCACCUUGGGCUGGACCAUCGAACCCUGCCGGGAUUGCAUAUGUUCAUCCUGAACCAAUGAUGACUCCUUUUAGUCCAAGUCAUAUGGAUGCUCGCCCUAGUUCUACACUCUAUCUCCAUUCUUCUCAGUUCCCGUGUCAGCACCCUGGAAUGCCUUUUAUUCAUACUCAUGACCAUGUUCGCCAACCUUUUGCUCAGUCUCAUCAACCACAGUCUGAUGGUAGUUAUGAAUUGGCCCGGCCUCGAUAAGGGGUUUGGGCCAUGCCUGCACCCCGCCAGCAGUAGGCCAAGUUCAAGACGUGUUUGGCAAGCAAAAUCGAAGAUAUAUAUCUGCUGGUGGGAGAGUGCAGGCACAAAGAACCGAGCGGGAAUGAGCGACAUGGCUGCUUAUUCUUGUGCACGCCUAUGACAUUUUUCCGGGCUCGGUUCUCGAUAAAGCCUCAUACUAUUCUCUCUGGGUAAUUGAAGCUGCUUCUCUGGUGAACCACUUGAUUUGACCUUGAAUUAGGUCAGAGUUAUUAAAACACUUUGGAAACCUCUGUCAAGCAGAAGCCUGAGCAUCUAUGCCCUUGUACGGUCCACUGCCUCCGUCGAAACUUUGAACAACGGUGCCAUGGAAGUUUACGGGGGAGGGUGAAUACGAACAAAGAAACGAACCUGAAGUGAUUGGAAUCUACAGCGCCACGCAACAAAUACACGGUAGAGUGGUUGAGAUCAGUGCGUAUAUACACCAAGUGUAUAAAUAGUGAUAAAUUUGUAAAAAUGGACAAAUGACAACGAUCUCGUAUCUGAUCUACGGAUGAUCCAAACUUGUUUCCUCGGAUAUCCGAAAAUCAGUUACAUUGUCUAACCACAGACGCAAAUUCGAUAUUGAGUUACUCUAACCCAAGUACAUGUAUCCAUCAGUUUCUUUUCAUA